GCUUGUGGUCCUCCUCCACUUCUAUCACCUUUUCCUUACAUUCUCUUCAUCUAUAUUACCCCAAGUUCCACCCCUUUCCUCCAACCAUUCUCCACCAUAUCAUUUCCUUGUAACCUUCCUCCAUGGAGGCUAAGGGUUAUGAAGGCAAGCAAACUUUCAAAGAGAAGGUGAACAAGGAGACCGUGGUCGAGGAAGAUGGAGAUGAUGACUUGGAUGAUGAAGAAGGAGGCCGAGCUGAAAUGAUAGGUUUUGCAGAUAAUGGGAGAAAGAAAACAGUUGCUGUUGUCUCAGUGAAAAGAGGGUCCGGUGCAGGUGCUGGUGGGGUGUCAUCACCGCCAUGUUGCCAGGCAGAGAAGUGUGGAGCAGAUUUGACUGAUGCAAAGCGGUACCAUCGCCGUCAUAAGGUGUGUGAGUUUCAUUCAAAGGCACCCGUGGUGAUUGUUGCAGGACAGCGGCAACGGUUUUGUCAGCAAUGCAGCAGUGUAAUUGGACGUAGUAGGUUCCAUGAGCUACCCGAGUUUGAUGAAGCAAAAAGAAGCUGCCGCAGACGCUUGGCCGGACAUAAUGAGCGGCGUCGAAAGGGUUCAGCCGAAUCUAGUGGAGAAGGCUCAAGCCACAAAGGGAUUGGUCAACAGUCAAAGGAAAGUCAGAUUAGGCAAGGUGAUGAUCAAAGGAGCAGAAUUCAAGUCACAGUACCCAGGAAUAAUUUCAGUUACAAGCAUCUCCAGAUAAGAUAAGAUCAAUGCUAUCUGCUCUCUCUCUUCUGUCAGCUUCAUGAGCCCAGCAUAAACUAUAUAUAUAAUAGUUUUCAAGGGAACAGGAGCAGGCUACCAUGAGGCAACGGAUCUUGUAUUAAGAAAUUGUCUACGGCAUAUUAAGAUAGUACAUCUUAGUAUACCUUGGACGUUGUUGCUUUGGUUCUACUUUGUAUUCUUGUUUAUGAGCUUUUAUUCUGCAGACUGUGCUAUGUGGAAUAGGCUUUUGAGAUGGUAUGUUCUAUGCUAACGAUGCUUCAAUCUCUUAACCCCA